AUGGAAUGGAAGAGUUCCCUUGGCUGUCUUCUUGUCUGGCUCUCUUUAGCCUUGUCUGCCGACAUUCCAACCGUCAGCAGCAUAUCGGAGCUGAGGGCCCUGGACUAUGGCAAGUGCUUCCCCCAGCACGGCCUGAUGCUGCUCCACUGGCUCUCCUCAAUCGUCAGCGUUGACCGCAACGACGUGGUUCAGUUCAUACCCCAGGUCUUUGACCCCAUCACCAGCUACCCCUUCACCCCUUACGCUAACGAUAACCACUUCCUGCCCGAUCUGACUCCUACAACAGCGUACUACGCGGUGGGCAACCUACUCAGGGGCUCGGCAGGCCGGCUUCCUUCAUACGUCACCCAGGACUUCUACAACUCUUACAACUACCCCACGAGGAACCGAGACAGGGUCAUCAUUAGGGUAGAUUCCUGGUACGAUCCUGUUAGGAUCGAUCAGGUCUAUUUCGCACAGGAGAGCAGCUAUCAACGUAUCCCAACUUAUAGUCCUUACCCUCUGACUCUCAUCUCUGCAGCUCUCUUCCGACAGAUUGCAGUGCUCCGAAACCCCUUUGGCAUCAGGAAUUCAUCUGUGGGAGAGCUCUAUCCCACCUUCAACCAGAGUCUGGUUCUUGCUGACAGCAUGUUCAGCGAACCAGGCUUGGCAAAGUUUCUCACCUUGGCUGGGUAUGAUGUGAACGGCAGAUACGGCGUCUCGGUUCAGAUGUGGUCUUGUCCAAACUCGCCGGCCCUGUGUAAAACACUUUGGGUUUCCAUGGAAGUGAAAGCCACGAAAGAGGGUAAUGCACUUGUGAAAUGGAGCGGUUUGCCCAGCAGCAUCCAAAGAAUGCACACCAACGUGGCCCUCUACAAGAAUGGGGAAAGCAACAGCCCCCUGUUCGAGGUCAAGGUUAACGGCAGGCUCAGGGGAACGGCGGAGACCACCAUCAAACUUCAACCCGGCCUCCAGCUGCGCCUCCUGCGAGAGGAGGUCACCAACAUGGUGAUCUGGAGGGGCCCCGAGCUGGAUGACGCCAGAGGGAGGAUUCCUGUCAGAAUAGGUUCCAUGGAUGCCAGCCUCCAGCUCUUCACCAGUGAUGGGUUUGCCAGCGCAAGGCUCUACAUCCGCAAAUCCUUCAACAACUGGAAGGACGAUAUGUACUACUCUUGGGUGGCUUUCUAUGCCAGCCAGUCCGAUGGCAACGAUGACUACCUGAGCGGCCAGUGGCAGUGGGCAAUCAACCUCGAAAAGAAGCCAUCUGAUGAGUUUGAAAACUGUGACAUUUAUGAGUACGUGUCUGGAACAGCCAUCUCCCCUGGUGUGCAGAUUCGCUUUUUUGAGAAUAAAGAUAACGCGGGAAAGGAAGAGGAUGGAUUCCACACAGAAUGGGGGUCUUAG